GUGAGUCCGCAGAGGCGCAAAUGAAGUACUGGACGAUGGUCAAAAAACACAUGGACGAUGUGGGACCGAUAUUACGAUCCAUCUUCAGUGGGCGUGCCUGGAAGAAACGCAGUCUCGCCGCCAACGACGAGGUGAAAAGUAUCAACGCUUUAAAUGCUGAUUAUUACAUGCGCGUGGAAGUUACGUUGGAUUGGACUGAGACCAAUGUGUCUUACAAGCUUGCGAAAAUUACUCGACGGGUAACUUCGGGAGGGAUUGAGACAUUUUACAACGGGUACAUUACCAAACACUUUGCGAAUUCCGCCAUGAUUCAGCUGUCGAAGGUGAAGUCGUUGUCUGAAAUGCUGAAGAUGCUGUCUUUGCUUCUCAGGGACGCAUUUGUGCCGGUGGUGUUGGAGAGGUAUGGCAAACUGGCAUUUACCUCUGGGAGCUUUCUGGAGGCGGUAAAAGACAAGUAUGUGGAGCUGGUUCCAGGAGGACGCGAACAACGGCCCUGUGUGCUGAAGGAAAACAUUGUACUGCGCCCCACCAGCGUUGCUGCGUUAAAGAAGAGAGACAACAGGAAUGAGAGGCCUGCAGUAACGGACGCGGUGAUGUACUUGCCGGUUGAGCCAAACUUUCCGCUGCUGGACGCUCUUUUUUUCCUGAACACAAGCCCGAGAAGGACGAUGGUUGGGCUGCAGUUUACUACGGCGGCUGCGCAUGACACAACGGACAGUAAAUUGAAGGAUUUUGAUGAUGAUAUGACGAAGUGCUUUAACAAUUGGGGCAACAUUUCCCGGGACUUGUCUUUGGAGAUUAUUUAUGUGCAGCAUGCCGGCAGUGCGCCAAUGCGUCGGUGGCAGAAGUGCGCCGGUAUCGAACGCUUGACGAGCGAAAAGGAUGAGAGAAUUGCGAAGUUGUGGACAGACGCACAUCAGUAUCGGCUGACGUUACUAUACGAAGAC